CUUGCGUUCCUGACGUCAUCACGCAAGGGGUCCGCAACGUGGAAAACAUGGAGGCGAUGGAGUGUGUGAGUGUGUAUGUAGAGUAAAACUUACCGCCUUCAUUGUAAUUCCUCAGCAUUAGAAGCGUGUACGUUUUCACCCUACACCUGGAUAAUACACUCUAGUUUUAACUGGCGUAACAGUGGGCGGGUUUAUUUCGCUGUCCCACGAGCGAAGAGAGCCACGGGAGCGACGAGAAGCGUUUGUGACAGGUGUUGCCAUAUGCCCGACGAAGAAGCAGUGAGGCAGCACUGAGUCUGGAGAUGGGAGCCAACACCAGCCAGCUCAGUGACCUGCCCAACAACCCCAGCCUCAAGGCUCUCGUGGGCACCGAGUCCAUAUCGGGGAAUGACCCCUUCUGGAACCAGCUCAUCUCCUUUACUGUCAUCAGUCCCACCAGCAGUGGAGACUCCAAGUUGCUGGAAGAGGCUGUGUUACCGCUGGCCAAGCUCCUCAUUGAAAACAAUCCCAGAACAGGAAAUUUUGGCGCACUGGUUAAACUCUUCCUGGGACGGACAAAAGAGCUGAAAAUCUCCACAGAAUGUCAAGAUCAACUGUUCAUCUGGCAGGCCCACAACGCUCUCUUCAUGAUCCGCUGCCUGCUCAAGGUGUUCAUCCGGGAGAUGAGCGAGCAGGACCUGCACUUGCAGUUUAGCUACCAGGAGAGGGCACCAGGCUCCUGUGGAGGAGCGAGCCACGAGGACCUCCUCGAGGAGCUCUUAUCCAACCUAGUGCACCUGAUCGUUGAAGUACCACUGCUUGAUAUCACCUACAGCAUCCUUUUUGAAGCUGUCACCACCCUACUGGUGUUCUUCUCCUACCAGCUGUUCUGCAAGGACAUCCUCAGAGAUGGUUUGAUCUACCGACAUGUCAUGCAGGGACGAUGUUUGUCACUGACGAGUCGCUUGGUGAAGACGCUGCUCUAUAACUUCAUCAGGCAGGAAAAAUGUCCGCCCCCGGCGACGCACAUCUUUGAGCCCAAAGCGGAGGGUGGCCUGCUUUACGGCCUGGCAUCUGGUGUGGCAAGUGGUUUAUGGAGCGUCUUCACUUUGGGCGGAGCUGUCAGCAAAGUUGGGGUGGAUCUGGAGCACAACCCCUUACCAUUGUCCAACCAGAGCCUUCUGUUAUUGCUGGUUCUGGCCAACCUGACUGAUGGCCCCGACUGGCCCAACCCUUACCGGCAGGCUAUUACCUGCUUCAGGAACACACAAGACACGUCAUCCGUUCCGGUGGAGCAAACGCACACCUUCCAGAUCAAUUUCAACAGCCUGUACACGGCGCUGUGCGAGCAGCAGUGCUCUGACCAGGCCACGUUGCUGCUCUACACGUUGCUCCACCAAAACGCCAACAUGAGGACCUACAUGCUCUCCAGAACAGACAUGGACAAUCUGGUCAUGCCCAUCCUGGAGAUCCUUUACCACGUGGAGGAAAGGAACUCUCACCAUGUCUACAUGGCGCUCAUCAUCCUCCUCAUCCUCACGGAAGACGACGCCUUCAACCGCUCUGUCCACGAAGUGGUCUUGAAAAAUGUCACUUGGUACUCGGAGAGGUCGUUGACCGAGAUCUCCCUGGGCAGCUUGCUCAUCCUGGUGGUGAUCCGCACCAUCCAGUUCAACAUGACCCGCACGAGGGACAAAUACCUCCACACCAACUGUCUGGCUGCGCUUGCAAACAUGUCCGCCCAGUUCCGAUGUCUCCACCAGUACGCCGCCCAGCGUAUCAUCAGUCUAUUUGCUUUGCUUUCCAAGAAGCACAACAAGGUGCUGGAACAGGCAACGCAGAGUCUGAGACGCAGACAGGGUGACAACAUGGUCUUGCCUGACUAUGCUCAGGACUUGAAUGUGAUUGAGGAAGUGAUCCGCAUGAUGUUGGAGAUCAUCAACUCUUGCCUCUGCAACUCACUGCACCACAACCCCAACCUGGUGUACGCGCUGCUCUACAAGCGGGAGCUCUUUGAGCAGUUCAGAACUCACCCGUCCUUCCAGGACAUCAUGCAAAAUCUGGACACGGUGAUCGCCUUCUUCAGCCAGCGCUUAGAGCAGGCCGGCAGUGAUCUGUCGGUGGAGAGGGUCCAGGAGGUGAUCAUGAAAGGAGCCCAGGCCCUGCCUAUAGACAGGCUGAAGAAGUUUCCGGAGCUGAAGUUCAAAUAUGUGGAGGAGGACCAGCCCGAGGACUUCUUCAUCCCGUACGUGUGGUCACUGGUCUUCAAUUCAGGCGUGGGCCUCCACUGGUCCCCGCAUGGCAUCGAGCUCUUCAGCAUGGACUCUGGUUGAGGCUGAGUGUCUGUCCCAGUACAGACUGGCACUUUGUGCAAGUGUGUGUGUGUUGCUUUUUAUAGGACGCUGCUUUGGAAAGUGCCUCGAACUUGCGCUGCAGCGGCGUCACAGCGCAACCUCAUUUAUUGUAAACCAAAACAAGUCCUCUGGCUUCUCCACUGGGAAUCUUCUUGGGGGAUUGACCUGCUUCCACAGCGCAUGUAAUGCUGAAGCUCCCCAUUGUUGGGGGCAUUACAGAGACCAGCGACAGACAAUAAUCUCGAUGGUUGUGUCUUCUGGAAGAAAACUAAGUUAAUUAAAACACGCAGAGGACUUACCACGUAGGUUAACUUAUUUACAGAUGCACUGGCAUUUCAUGAAUAUGCAGUAAAAUGCUCACUUGUAAUGAUAAGUUCACUUUAGGAGCAUUAGGGCCACACUGAACAAAAAA